AAUACCAUUUUUUUUCCACAUUAGCUGUCCUUAUUCCACACUCCAAUCAUCAUGAAGGUAGAGAAAUAAAAACCAAAGCUUCACUCCCAAGUUUGGCCUUUGAAACCCCUCCUGUAAGUUGAAAGAGACACUGUUUUAAGUGGUAAGCUACACUUUGCCUCAUUUCCCUUCAAAUUUCUCACCCUCCUUCAACCCCCAUUUCUUGCAUUAACUCAAUGCAUUUCCCUUCACCAAAAAAAAAAAAAAAUCCCCCUUUUUUAACUCUCUGUGUGUGUAAAGUUUGCUCCUUUGGGUGGCUGGAUUAUAGCUUUAUCAGCUUAUUUGCUAAGGAUUUCAACUGAGAAGAACUUUCAGGUAUUCUCCAUUACCAUUUUGAAUCUUUAUCAGCCAUGAUGGGGUGUCAAUCGAGUAAAACCAAAGGGGGUAAUGCCGAAUCGACAUCGCAAGUUAAACCGGAUUCUCAGUUAGAAGCUGAUUUGAGUUCGUACCAGGCUGCUUGUAGACAAGAUUCGACUCUGCAACAUUUUGAUGCGACUCUCCAGGAACAUACUAACAGUGUCAUCGGCACGCUUGCUGUCAGUUCGGGUGUUCAAUCGAUAUCCUUUAACACGCUCCAAGAGGUUACCAGUUGUCUUCUCGAAACAAAUCAGGCAGUAGUGAAAGUCAUUUUGGAAUGUCAAAGAGAUAUAUGGAACAAUUCAGAGUUGUUUUCUUUGGUUGAGGAAUACUUUGAGAACAGCCAGAAGACUUUAGAUUUUUGUACCAUGCUCGAAAAUUGCCUCAAACGAGCUCAGACUGAUCAGUUGAUCAUUCAAUUGGCGGUUAAGUAUUUCGAUGAAGAGGUCGGAUUAGAAAUUGGGGUCGAUGAGAAGAAAUUCGUGAAGACCUUGGAAGAACUGAGGAGAUUUAAAGCAGCUGACAAGCCUUUCCCGAAGGAGUUCUUUGUACUGUUAGAUUUGGUCCGUAAGCAGCAAGAAUCAAUGCUAGGGAAGUUGCUAGUUCGGAAAAGGAAGCUUGAUAAGAAAUUAAAAUCUUUAAAAACAUGGAGGAGAGUGUCGAAUGUCUUGUUUGUAGCAACGUUUGUCUCCGUGUUGAUUUUUUCCGUGGUGGCAGCAGCCGUAUCUGCACCACCCGUUGUGACAGCUUUAGCAAGUGCAUUGACUGUUCCUAUCGAUUCGGUUGGAAAAUGGUGCACCUCUCUUUGGAAGCGGUACGAGAAAGAGGUGAAAGAGCAGAUGGGGUUAACAACCACAAUGGAGCUCUUUGCUCGCAUUACGAUUUAUGAUAUGGAUGACCUAAGGGUGCUCGUGACCAAUUCAGAGAUUAAAAUCGAGUCAUUAUUGAAGACUGCUGAUUUUGCACUCGGUGAAGAAGAUGCGUUGAAACGUACCUGCUAGUCCAAUGUUAUAUACGGUGUUUUCAACGAUAUCUAGUACAUCGGAGCAGGUGGGGUUGUAGUUCACAUUGGAACGGUGCUAUGGAUUUUCCGUUGAUGUUACCUUUAGCAAUGGAGUAAGUUGUGAAAGUUGAAAGAGUGAAUUGAAAUAAAAAUAAAGAUUUAUUUUGGUUUUA